CCGUGCGCCUCCCCGUAGUGUGUGACGUCACCAGGAGAGGCCUUCUUCCAUAACAGAGAGAGAGAGCAGCACCGAGCAGCUGAGGAGACGGAGAAGACACACCGACGGCCAGAGACCCCCGUACAUCUCCACUAUGGGGAAGUCGUAUUCUCGCAUGACGCAGCACGCGCCGAAGGACGGGAUGAACAAUGGCGGUGUAUCCUCUGACGACACCAGCGCUCUCGUUCAGUCAGACACUCACGAGGACGGCAGGAACGGAGAUGUUUCCCAUUUCCCAUAUGUGGAGUUCACCGGGAAGGACAGCGUGACCUGCGCCACCUGCCAAGGAACAGGACGCAUCCCAAGAGGUCGGGAAAAUCAGCUUGUGGCUCUGAUCCCCUACAGUGAUCAAAGACUGCGCCCCAGAAGAACGAAGCUGUACGUCACUGUAUCGGUCACUGUUUGCUUGCUCCUUUCUGGACUGGCGGUAUUCUUCCUGUUCCCGCGCUCAGUGGACGUGCAGUAUGUUGGCGUUAAGGCCGUCAUCGUGACGUAUGAUGAGAGCGGGCCGUCUGUGUAUCUUAACAUCACAAACACAUUGAAUAUAACCAACAACAACUUCUACCCUAUAGAGGUGGAGAACAUCACCGGACAGGUGCAGUAUUAUAAAACCGUCAUCGGGAAGUCAAAGUUAAACAACGUAACCAAGAUCGGGCCCCUAGAUACAAAACAAAUUGACUACACCGUCCCUACAAAAAUCGGGAAGGAGUUUGACUACAUGUACACAUACUGCACGCUGCCAAGUAUUAAGGUUCAUAACAUUGUGGUGAACAUGCAGGUAACGGUGACCAUUUCGUAUCUGGGUCAUCCGGAGCAGUUGUCCCAGGAAGUCUACCAGUACGUGGACUGCGGCGGUAACGCUACCUACCACCUUGGCCAGUUAAGCCGCUCCAUCUUCAAGCAUGAAUAACGUCUGAGGUUGGAGAAGAGACGCGAGCGGUGUCGGGUUUUUCGCAGCCGCGUGUUCGGUUUGGCUGUUUGAGUUGGAGCAGGCGGCUUUUCUUGGUGCAUCUAGACUAGGAUCUAACCCUGAAAUCCAUGGCCGAGGCUUUCCAUUCACAGGUCAUAUGGUGAGGUUCGUACCUCGGACCCCGCGUACAACAUAAGUGUGUGUGUAUAUAGUAACAUGUUCUCUGUGUCUUAGCAGUGCGGUAACAUAGUAACUAUAGUCAUGGUUUUACUUUUUCUUUUUAACUAUUCUUUAUCAUUUUAGUUCUUUUCUAGGUUUUAUGACGGCACGGAUAUAAUCAUUUUUUUUUUUUUUUUUUUUUUUUUCUUUUUAUGCUUUUUGUUUCCUAGGAACACGUCUUAUGUUCGCUUUCGAACAUUAGAGCGUACGGCAAAAAGAUCCAUUAAUAUGGGUUAUUCGGUUUUUUUUCUACCGUUUCUUUGUAACAUCUUUAGGAUCUCUUCUUGAGAAAGCUGGGUGACAACCAAUAUGGCUGCUUUUGGGGAAUUUUUUUAUAUUUUUUUUUUUUUUUUGUCAAUGUUGCCAUCCUGGCCCUAUAGACAUAACUUUUCACUGCCAACGACAUAAAUGCCGCCUGCUUUCCUUGCAGCGUUCUGACAUUGAUGUAUGAUUCCCUUGAGGCCUUUGCACCAUCUACUAUACUGCUCUGUACUUAAAGGAGAGGUAUAUAAUUAGGAAAACAUGGCCUCUACCAUUCUUGUAUGUGGGCUGUUAGCUGCAGUACUGGACACGGCCAUAGAUUAGAGUGGCGCUGUUUCCUAACGAAAACAGACAUAUUUUUUUUUUUUUUAUUAUAUACAAGCCCCCUCUAAAUGUUCUGGGUUACGCAGUGAUGGACCCCCUCCACCAAAGUAAUUCAUCAUGAAGCAGGCUUACCAUUCAGGACCCUGGGAGCUGUAAUAUUACCCAUUUUGGAUGCCAACCAGA